GCAUUGGCGCAGCCCCGGCGCUAGCGCGGAGGCGGUACCGGGCGCGGCGCAGACCGGAGGAUGCUGCGGGCGGGGGCCGCCGCCAGCCCCGGUCCCGGAGCUGGUCCCGGUGCCGGGCGCGGGGACACCCCACCGCAUCCCGCCCGCUGAGCCCCGGCCCGGCCAUGGGGGCUCUGACCAGCCGGCAAAACGCAGGGGUGGAGGAAGUGGAUGUCCCCGCGAAUUCCGUCUACAGAUAUCCCCCGAAAUCCGGGAGCUACUUUGCCAACCACUUCAUCAUGGGCGGUGAGAAGUUCGACUCCACGCACCCCGAGGGUUACCUCUUCGGCGAGAACAGCGACCUCAACUUCCUGGGGAACCGGCCCGUGGUGUUCCCUUACGCUGCUCCACCUCCUCAGGAACCUGUGAAGACCCUCAGGAGCUUAAUCAACAUCCGCAAGGACACCCUGCGCCUCGUCAAGUGCUCAGAGGAGGUGAAGACCCCAGGGGAAGAGGUCAGCAAAGCCAAGGUGCACUACAACGUGGAGUUCACCUUCGACACGGACGCCCGCGUGGCCAUAACCAUCUACUACCAAGCCACCGAGGAGUUCCACAAUGGGGUGGCAAGCUACUUUCCCAGGGACAACAGCCUGCAGUCGGAGACAGUGCACUACAAGCGGGGGGUGUGCCAGCAGUUCUGUGUGCCCUCCCACACCGUCGACCCCUCCGAGUGGAGCGAGGAGGAGCUGGGCUUUGACAUGGACCGGGAGGUGUACCCCAUGGUGGUGCAAGCUGUGGUGGAUGAAGGAGAGGAGCACAUUGGGCACUGCCAUGUGCUGCUGGCCACCUUUGAGAAGCACAGUGAUGGAACCUUCUGUGUGAAGCCCCUCAAGCAGAAGCAAGUGGUGGAUGGUGUGAGCUACCUUCUACAGGAGAUCUAUGGCAUUGAGAACAAGUACAACACGCAGGACUCCAAGGUGGCCGAGGACGAGGUGAGCGACAACAGCGCGGAGUGCGUGGUCUGCCUGUCGGACGUGCGCGACACCCUGAUCCUGCCCUGCCGCCACCUCUGCCUCUGCAGCACCUGCGCCGACACCCUGCGCUACCAGGCCAACAACUGCCCCAUCUGCAGGCUGCCUUUCCGAGCCUUGCUUCAAAUCCGAGCCAUGAGGAAGAAGCUGGGACCCCUCUCACCCACCAGCUUCAACCCCAUCAUCGCCUCGCAGACCUCCGACUCCGAGGAGCAUUCGUCCUCGGAGAACAUCCCCCCAGGUUAUGAGGUGGUGUCGCUGCUGGAGGCCCUCAACGGGCCGCUGACGCCCUCCCCGGCUGCCCUGCCCCUGCGAGCGCUGGGGGAUCCUCCCCCGGGAGCAGGGACCCUGCCCUCCUACGGCAGCGAGGGCCCCCUGCCCCCCCUGAGGGCCCUCUCACCUCUCGAGCGUCUCCCCGACUGUGGUCCUCCGGGGGUCAAGCUGAAGAAGAGCCUCUCCAAGUCUGUCUCGCAGAACUCCUCCGUCCUGCCCGAAGAGGAGGAUGAGAAGUCCUGCACCGAGUCGGAGCUGAGGGUCUCCAGGAGGAGGUCCCCUGGGCGGUGUGAGGAGGAAUGUGGUGCGACACCAGAGAGUGAAAACCUCACCCUGUCGUCCUCGGGCGCCAUCGACCAGUCCUCGUGCACCGGGACCCCUCUCUCCUCCACCAUCUCAUCCCCAGAAGAGCCCGUCAGCAGCAGCCUGGCUCAGUCCGUCAUGUCCAUGGCCUCCUCCCAGAGCCAGCACUCCCAGCUCAGCACUGACACCGUGUCCUCCAUGUCUGGCUCCUACGUGGCUCCUGGCACAGAGGAGGAGGAGGAAGGGGACAUGCUCCCUUCACCUGUGGCUGCCAGUGCUACAGCCUCUGAUGGAGAGUCAACACCUGUGGAGUCCCCAGACCUGAACUUCGUCAGCAUCUCGGCGGAGGAGCGCGAUGCAGAGGGCAACGACGUGCUGGAGGAUGAGGACGCCUCUCCCACGCAGGAAGACGGCCCGAGGACAGGCGCCCUCCUCGGUCUGAGGUGUGACAAUAACAAUGACUUGGGCAUCGCACACGUGAGGGCGCUGGACAAUAAGCUGUGCUCUGAGGCCUGCUUACCUGCCGCCGGGCCGGACUCCUGCCCCAUUAACAUUGAGGAAUAGGCUCAGAGGCAGCCAACAACAACGUGCUGCUGCAGCAGGCACCCUGACCCCGGCACCCCCCCAGCACCUGAGUCCUGGAGCAGGCAGCGGCCGCCCUGCCCGUGUGAGGGCUCAGCCUCGGUGGGGCUACACACCCCCUUGCCCACCUGGAGGGACCCUGGUCUCUGGGCACUGUGGGCAUCUCCACCCCCUCCCCUCGGCUGCAACAGGACUGAUUUUCAAAAGACAAGAUGGUAACCUCCUCCCCAGCCCCCUGUGCUGAGGGGGGGACAAAAGCCAUGUCACUUUGCAGGCCCCCCAUCAUCACCUUCCUAUCCUCCAGCCUUCACAGGGAUGGGCUGGGGUCUCCUCUGGCCCCCAGCCCUUACACUCCUGGGCUCCUUUCCUCCAGCAUGCAGAGCAGAUAGGAUGAGGUUGCCCCACAAAGAGGGGCCCUAGGACAUAGCCAGAGGCAAGUGAUGGGAGGGGGGUGGCCAGGGGUGUGGGUUGAGUG